GUGAUAUAGUUGUACUGCAGCCGGCGCAGAGGUGAGGGGAGGCCAGGCGGAGAUCGAAGAAGGGAUGAAUGGAACGGCGGCGUUGCGACGCAGCGUCGGUGGCGGCGUGGGCGCCGCCGGGGGUGGAACCGUCGAACCAGCACCCGUCGCCACCCUCGUCGUCUACAAGGACGAUGCCGGAUACGGGAUGAAAGUCUCCGGUGAUAACCCCGUCUAUGUUCAAUCUGUGAAGGAAGGCGGUGCAGCCGCGAGAGCUGGACUUCACGCGGGCGACAAAAUAAUCAAGGUUAACGGCGUGAAUGUAAUGCAGUCCACGCAUACGGAUGUUGUACAGCUGAUAAAGUCUUCGACGCAGGUGGUACUGACAGUGCAGCAGAAGCCAGUUGCGACGAGCAGCGCGGCGACGACGGCCACAGGGCUACAGGUUGGUCUGGCGGGCGGACAGCAUCAGCGGCCAGUCAGUCUGUCAGCCGGUACUACGAUGGUAUCACCCUCGCAGCCAGCGACUUCUUUGCACAGAGCGUCCACUGCACCAGCCGGCGCGCAAUGCAAUGCACGCAUCACGGGCCCCCAACCGGUUGACCACGAAAAAAAACGUCAACUGGAAACACAGCGUGUUCAUACAUUCCAGCUUAUGUUGGAGAACGAACAAAGUUAUGUUGACAAACUUCGUAAUGAACUUGCAAAGACUGCGAGUAGUGGUGGUAAUGUCAACGUAGGACUACAAGCAGAAUUAGCAGGAGCUGAAAGGAGAGUACGCACAUUACAGGAGCAGCUAGCUGCCAUUACUACCAAUGAACAGCUUUGCUCGUUGGUAACAAACACUUCGUGUUCCCCGGGCUAUUAUCCACCCUUGAGUAGUAGCAGUGGUGAUGUGCCACCACCUCUACCAUCUCGUAAAUCCUUGUCCAUGCAAAGCCUAUCUCCGCCACCAUUGCCACCUAGACCUCCUCCUACAAAUACACACAACGUAGCCCAGUUGGAGCUGGAGCGUCAUCUGUUGACUCAUUUAACGCCCUCAACCACCAGUCAUGGCAUCCCUAACUCUCUUUCGCAGGGGGCAAAUUUGGGGUCCUCACACUCACUUAAUAAACACCAACGAACAAAAUCGAGCCCCGAACAACUAGGAACUACCACAAUUUCUCCGUCGGAAGCCAGUAGACGCUUAAUAGCAUCAGAGUCAAUGAAUGAUCUUUCUCCUCCAAGGCAUGUGAGGCAUAGUGAAAAUGAUUUAGAUGAAAUACCUCGUAUCACUCCUCCAGGAACUCCACCACCUCCAUAUCCAGUUGCUAGUCCAGGGAACGAUACCUCCAGUUCUACUAUAAACGAUACAACUUUAAAUGAAAGCAUUCCUGGAUUGCCAGCGUUACAACAACCAAUCAUGUCAAUGGAAGAUGAUGAUAUGAGUGACCAAGAAGUUGGACAGUUGGAAGAUCAUGGCCCAUUCAAAUCUUUAACGCGAUUAUGGGGGCAUCACGCACACCUUGCUGUAUUUAUUAAUUAUGUUUUAUCAAAUAGUGAUCCCUCCAGUCUGUUGUUCUAUUUAGUGACAGACCUGUACAAAGAAGGCAAUGCAAAGGAAAUGAGAAAAUGGGCAUAUGAAAUUCAUUCUAGUUUUUUAGUACCUGGUGCACCUCUUCGUCUACAUAAUGUAGACGAAAACGUAGCACAUGAAAUAGAUGAUGUUCUUUUAAAAGAAUCUGAUAAAGAAGAGAUACUGCGAAGGAUUUUCUGGAAAGCACGAACGCGGGCGAAGGAAGAGCUAAACGAACAACUUGCAGAUUUUCAACAAAAGAGAACUGCAGGCUUGGGUACAUUAUUUGGCCCAAGCGAUGCACAAUUGGAUGAGAGUGCGUCAGAUAAGACACGAGAGACAAAAAUCAUAGAAACAUACUUGUUACCUAAGAUGGAGCCUUACCUAGAAGAUAUAGAAAAAGAGAACGUAGAUUUACGGCAGUUUACAACAGCAGCUGGUCUGGCAACAAUAUUAACGAAAAUUUUCCAAGUGCGAACCGUCGGUUUAGAUCGAGUACCUACUUUCGUUGCAAAAGAUAAGUCAAACAUCAAGGCACGUUUGCUUACGGGGAAAACGAGGAAAAUGACAAUCAGGGGGCAUCAUUUUAUUGCUAAUCAGUACUUUACUAUUACCUACUGUAACCAUUGUCAACUUAUCAUUGGUGGAAUUGGACCUCAAGGAUAUUUAUGUAGUGAUUGUUCUUUGAGUGUACAUCGCCAGUGUGUUCGCGUAGUAGAAGAAAAUUGUCCUGGGCCAUUAGUUAGAAAGGAAAGAGGCAACGACCGUAUAAGCAAAUUGAUGGAACGUAUAAGGCCAGAGAGGAAACCUCCAUCGUCGCAUCACCAUCACCAUUCUCAAAAUCAUAUGCUGCAUGUGGAUAAACUUAAGAAGAGUGAAGAAGAUGCUGGCGCACUUACAGAUGGAGAAAAUGGAGAACUUCGCGGGAGCGGCGUAGCCGGAAACGCGCGCAGUAGCAGCGAAAGAGGACGCAUUUCCGCUUACAGCGGAGCCUCCGAUCACGCUGAUAGCAUGGACAAUCCUUCCUCGCGAGAAGAUAUUUCUGAAAUGGUGCAGCAAAAUAUUUCCAGUAAGCCAAAGACGUCAAACAUAAACAGGUCUGAAAGUUACAAAGAGCGGAUACAUCACAAGCGACAACUACGGGAAAAAAGGAAGACCAGUGAUCCAAAUCUUUCCAAAACAAAGGCUGGUUUCAGUGACUGCGAUCAUUCCGGUUCGUUCCCUGGGAACUCAGCCGGCAGUUCGUCGAAUAGCAGCCUGUCGACGAGAAGUCUGGACAGUCCAAGUACCAGCCUGGAGCAGGUACAUCCAACCACCUCAGCGACGAACACAUCGACCUCGUGGGACAGCGAUGUUGACGUCGAGCCAGAUCCGCCGGACUGGAGUCAGGGUGUCGCUGAGGAUGUGCUCGCCAGACUCAGCAAUGCCGAGAAAAAGCGACAGGAAGUCAUUAAUGAAUUAUUCCACACCGAACGAUCUCACGUGCGAGCGUUGAGGGUCCUGUCGCACGUCUUCCACAAGCCGCUCCUGGAAUCCCUAGUACUUCCGUUAGACCAAAUACAAUUACUCUUUUCAAAUUUAGACGAGAUGGUGACGAUCCACUCGCGGUUCAACCAAACAAUGAAACGCAAAAAAAAGGAGAAUCCGUGCGUGGGCGACGUGAGCGAGCUGUUGUUGGACAUGUUCGAAGGCGAGAAUGGGGAAGCAUUCGAAAGAGCUGCAUCGACUUAUUGCGCGAAACAGCAAGUAGCCCUGGAUGCGUUGCGCGAUCGACGGCGUAAAGAUCCGAAAUUGAAUGCUUUCCUGAACGAAAUCGAAGCGAACCCCCUGUGUCGGAGGUUACAACUUAAGGAUCACAUUCUAACGGGAAUGCUGCGACUGACCAAGUACCCGUUACUUUUCGAGAACCUGGCAAAGUAUACACCGGAGAGUAACGAGAAGGAAAGGGCCGCGGUUUUGAGGAGUCUCGAUCGGAGCAAGGAAAUCCUUAGUCGCGUGAACCAAGCAGUUCGCGAGGCCGAAGAUUAUCAGAGGCUGGCAGAGAUCCAGCGAACCAUUGACAGAUCAGCCUUCGAUAAAUUCGAUCAUCCGACCGUUCAGGAGUUCAAAAAUCUAGACAUCACGAAACGAAAGUUGAUCUACGAAGGUCCGUUGCAAUGGCGACGAACCGAGCAGAAUCGAGCGAAACCCGUCGAUUUGCAUGUAGUACUGCUAGAUGAUACGAUAUUCCUGUUGCAUCGGCAAGACGAAAAGUACCUGCUAAAGUUCAUCAAUACGAAUCAAGCAAAUUCGGUGUUGAGUCCUAUCGUGAAGGUCUCCACCGUUCUCGUCAGGCACAACGCCGUGGACAAGAACUCGCUCUACCUUGUCAACACGUCGCAAAACGGGGCGCAGAUCUACGAUCUGGUCGCAGCCUCGCCUGCCGAACGGAAGUUAUGGUGCAAACACAUAUCCGAGGCGGCUGAGGCGUACAAGGCUCGUGAUAAGCAAGGUAGAAGACCUACUCCACCCACUCCACUGCCAGAAGAACCAGGACCUACAAUCGAGGACUCAACCUCGACCGAACAUGACAAUAUUCCUGACAAAACGGAUCAGGAGCAGGAACAAGAAGCCGAGUCCAGAGAUUCCGUGCAGAAUAUUAGUGUGGAACACGAAGAAGAAAAACCUAGUGCAUCUGCAGCGACUGCUGAACCUUCAACGACUGAACAAACGAAGCAACAACAACCCCAGCAGCAACUUCCGUCUGAAUCUUCUACCACGGGUAUGGGAGAACCAUUAAGAAUGGUUACUUGUACCCAAGUUUCAUUAAUCGACCCAUUGGAAGUACACGUAGAAGUGCCACCUGUACAUGUUGCAGAACCGGUACUUACAUCCAUAGAGUGUCUCAGGAGAAAAGAUGAUAUAAUUAAGCAAGCUUUGAUAGAAAAACAAUUGUUAGUAGCAGAUAUCUUGAAUAUACCAAAAGAAGACUUCGAGCAUGUGGCAGACAUGGCAUCUGAACCUUCGAACAUAGAAAAAGAACCUGCUGAACUUAUACUCGCUGCUAUUAGUCAAGCAAACCAAUUAGUAGGCCUUCUAAACUCUGCUUUGAACGUAAGUGAAACGGAAACCGUUCUUGCAUCGCGUGGAACGUCAGUGCUAUCAAUACCACCAAGCUGUGAAGCGACUGGUUGUCCAUCACCGAGAAUGUAUCAUCACCCUCAACAACCUGCCGUAUCAGUUGCCAGCUUACAACCAGUGUGCCAUUCUCUAACAUCCCAAUUAUCGCAGUUACUGGAAAUUAUAAAAGGUAGAGAAGAGGAACGAGAAAGAUUGAGGAAAGAAUUGCGUAGAAGCAGAGAACGUCUUCAUGCUCUUGACGCAGACAUACAGCGUCGUGAAUUUUCAGAAACCUGCACUAUAUCGAAUCAGACACAAACGGAGCCCGGUGACGUAUGGAACAAAGACAACAGUAUUGACGAUAACCCACGAGAUGAAUUUGUAGACGCACAUGACGAAACUGAAACAAAUGAAGAAUUGGAACAUGCAGAACACGAAACUGAAACAGAAGUAAUGGGAGACAGUGUCGGUUGAUAACAAUAUCAACAUAUAUUAAAUAAUGUCGACCUGGUGCAUUUCACGAGCAAGAUCGUUCCCAAAUGCUCAUACUGGAAGUAAUCAAAAUCAUGUAAAAAAAACAAUGACAAAUGGCGAGUAGCUGUUUAUGGAAUAUAAUAAUAUUAUAUACAUAUUUACAGAAUCAUGGGUCAAUGAUUAAUCAUGCCUUUGCCAAAGAUUUUAUGUAACUGGAUUUACAUGAUGUAACGUAUUGCGCAUCGUGUCACGUCAAUAAUUAAAAAUUAUACAUAAAUUGUAGACAAAAAAUAAUAUAGAGUUGCGAAUAUUAUAAAACCAUAUAAACGAGGGGUAUCUCUUUUUUAGAGAGUUGGGGGGUAUCUUCAAUAGGUUAUCGAAACUACUGAAGACUAGAUCCUUGAAUUAGCAAUUUCGAUGAGGACCGUCUUACUUUCUAAGGAGAGAUCUUCUCGUAAUCCAUUAUCCUGGAAUUGAUACAGCUAUACUGUUCCAACGAUACCGAACUGUUGUAUAGAGUUGUUACACUAUGUCUCAAAAGACAUCGAUUUCUAGAACGUAUUGUUUUAUAUACAGCAGCAAUUUAAAUACUGAAAAUUGUUUUUUGGAAUGCUGUUAUUAAGAUGUGAUCAACACUGUCAAAGUCAUUUUGAAACAAUUUCAUAUGAAACUAUUUACAUGAAAUAUGUUGUAUGCGUUUAGAACGAUUUAGUUUUUGAUCUAAGAAGAAACACACCUUUUGUGAUUUCCUAUAGUAUAUCAUAUAAUGGAAACCAACUGUGUUGUUACCAUGACGAAUCAGUAAUUGUAAAACGUACAUACUAUUGCAUUUAUGCAAAGAAAUAUAAUUGGAAAUUGCGUUGACACUUGACGAGUGUAAAAUAAAUAAAUGAUAAAUAAAAGAAGAACGCAAAGUA